AUGGCUAAAAAUCAAUUUAGAAUCAUUGUAGGUUCAUAUGAACACAAUAUUCUUUGUUUAUCCUUGGAUUUGUCUUUGAAAACACCAUUAUUUACACCCAUUUUCCAUUUUCAAGCACAUGCCCUAAGUGUGAAAUGUCUUGAUGUUUCUAAGAGAUAUUUAGUAUCUGGGUCCAACGAUGAACAUAUUAGAAUUUAUGACUUACAGAAGAGAAAAGAAUUGGGCACACUAUUGGCCCACCAAGGAUCCAUUACCAAUUUGAAAUUUUCCAAGAGUAAAACUGAGAAUGGAGAUGGUGAAGGAAGUAAUAACAAAUGGCUACUGUCUGCUUCAGAGGAUAAUAAGAUUAUCAUUUGGAGGGUCAAAGAUUGGGAGAAUUUUGGUACUUUGAAGGGUCACAUAGCAAGAAUUAAUGAUGUGGAUAUUCAUCCUUCCAAUAGAGUUGCCAUAAGUGUUAGUGAAGAUCACUCUAUCCGUCUAUGGAACUUAAUGACAGUGAAAAAAGCCGCUGUUUUGAAGCUAAGAAACUAUUCCCAAAAUGGUCAAUUUGUUAGAUGGAUUGGUAAUGGUGAUUAUUUUGCCGUGGCAUUACUCAAUAAAGUCCUAAUUUAUAAAACGGCUGCCGCUAAGGUGCAUUGUGAAAUUGAUAUGAAUAAAAAAACUAUAAUGCACUUAGAAACUGAGACAUUGGAUGGAAAAAUAUACAUAUGUGUAGCUAUGAGCGAUGGUAACAUACAUUUCUAUCCAACCGAAGGUUUACUUACUGAAGAACCUAAGGUGGAAGAACCAGAAUUUUCUUUAUUAGGGCAUUCUAAUCGUGUCAAGGAUUUUAAAUUCUACAAAAAUGAUUUUGGUACAUACAUGGUUUCCAUUGGCUCUGAUGGUAGAGUUGUCGUUUGGGAUAUGGAGAAGAAAGACGAGUUGGCAGUUUAUGAUUGUGGUGAAAGAUUGAACUGUCUAGCCGUAGUAGAUGAAACUGUAGAGAAAUACGAGACCAUGAAGAAGAGAGAUUCAGAGAGUGCUGAUUUGGGCGAACAAAGUGAGGUAGAAAGUGACACAGAAGAAUUAAAGAAGGUCAUGUUUGGUAAUAAGAAUAAAAAGUCCAAGAAAGGUAAGAAGAAUAAGAAGAAGAAGGUUUCUAUCGAGCUGGAAUGA